AAAAUGAAGCUCAUUACCUCUAUAUAUACUUCCCUUACAACUCCCAUUUUAACCAAAUUACAAGGAAAAAAAAAAGAAAUUAAGCUGAAAAUGGCAUCAAUUGUUGCAGCUUCUGAUUCGUUUAAGCCCUUUGAAUUCGAUGCAACCCUAAAAGUUAUAGCAGAUUCUUCUUCUUUGAAAUCGGUCCCUUCAAAAUUCAACUUCAGCAAUGAGCGCACUGCUUUCACUUCCGACUCACUCCCCACCGUCGAUUUCUCAGCCCUCAUCGCCGGCGAUCCUCAUCAACGCUCGAAAGCCGUCGACGAUCUCGCCGCAGCAUGUCGAGAAUGGGGAUUUUUCAUCCUUGUGAAUCACGGCGUACCUGAGAGCUUGAUGGAAGCAAUGUUUAUCGCAGUGAAAGAAUUCUUCAGAUUGCCGGACUCGGAGAAGAAGCAAUUCGAAGCGAAGAGUGCUUCAGAUCCCAUCAAAUGUGGCAAUUUCAACGUCGCCAACACUUCAAACCAGAGCUUCACUCUAUGGAGGGAUUACCUUAAGCUCUACGUGCAUCCCAACUUCCAUUGCCCUCACCAACCCCAACUCUUAAGGGAUGCGGUGUUGGAAUACACCCAAAUCACCAGAAAACUAGCUACUACGCUAAUCGAGGCUGUAUGCGAAGCUUUAGAAUUGAAUCAACGCUACGUGGAUGAAAUAUUGAAGAUGGAUUCGAGUUUUCAAAUGUUUGCGACGAAUUACUAUCCACGCUGCCCUCAGCCCGAUCAAGCCAUCGGCAUUCCGGCGCAUACAGAUCCAGGUUUGUUCACGUUUCUCAUACACAACGGCGUCGAUGGUCUGCAGAUUGAGCAUGAUGGCAAAUGGUUCAACGCUGAUUCACCUCAGAAUUCUAUUUUGGUUAAUGCAGCUGACCAACUUGAGAUUUUCACAAACGGGAGGUGUAAGAGCGUGAAGCAUAGAGCGGUGGUGAAUGAGGAGAGAGAGAGGAUCUCGAUCGUGGUGGCGAAUGGUCCGUCCGGGGAGGCAGUGGUGGGGCCGGCGGCGGCGCUGGUGGAGAAGGACGGCGGCGCGAAGUAUAAUGCAAUGAAGUAUGAAGAGUACGUGGAGUCGCAACUCACCAAAUCUCGUGUUGAUGGAAAAUCCCUCUUGGAACAACAAAUGAUAUUCAUCAACAACUCUAAUUAAAUUUGCACGCGAAAAUAAAUAAUAAUGAAAAAGGAAUUUAUAAGAUUUUAAUUAGCAGAGCGUGGCCUCCACAUGUAUUAGACGUGCAAGAAUAUUUUUUCUUCAACGUACUUUUUAUUUUC